UAGGGAAGGGGGUGGUGUCCGUGCCGCUGCGGCCCGCGGGGUACCCGGGCCCGCCCAGAGCCACAGUGUCGAGAGGCGCUACUCCCUCACCUGCUGCGAGUCCCCGACUCUGUUUCCCCAGGGACCCUCCCUCCCCUGAGCGGAACCCUGCGUGGGAGGGAGGAAGGGGGCUCCGGUUCAGGUUUUGUGACUUAGCUCCUAGCUCGAGCACUGAAAAGUUCCACUGUGACUGUAGAAGAGCCCCUCUCUUCAGAACAGCUGAUGUCAGCGACCCUAUCUUGAUAGCUCUUCGAGAUGCUUUUGAGGUUCACACAGUUAUUCGCGCCCGCGGCGGAAGAAGAGCCGUUUGCACCAACUAAAGUCAUAAUUCCUAGGAACUUGAACAGAGGCUCCCAAUAAUUGCUACUCUGUCCUUAUAGGGAUAUCUCCAAAGAAGUACUUCCUUAUUCUCAUUCAAAACCAGCUUCCUGCCAAGUCUGCAAAUAGAGACCAGAGACAGAAGCUUCUGGCCCUAUCCAUGGAAACUCAGGCUGAUCAUGUAUCUCAGGAACCUCAAGCCCUGCUUGAGAGUGCUCUUCCUUCCUCAAAAGUUCCUGCAUUUUCCGACAAGGGAGGUCUAGGGGAUGAGAUGUUAGCAGCUGCACUCCUAAAGGCCAAGUCCCAGGAGUUGGUGACAUUUGAGGAUGUAGCUGUGUACUUCAUUCGGAAGGAGUGGAAGCGUUUGGAACCUGCUCAGAGGGACCUCUAUAGAGAUGUGAUGCUGGAGAAUUAUGGAAAUGUAUUCUCACUGGAUGGUGAGACAAGAACUGGGCAUGAUCAAGACAUUUCUGAAGAAACAGGAUCACAUGGGAUGCUGUUGGGAAGAUUCCAGAAGGAUAUUUCUCAGGAUCUUAAAUUUGAAGAAGCCUAUGAACAAGAAGUCAGUCUAAAGAGGCAGCUGGGGAACUCUUCUGGAGAAAGACUGAAUAGGAAGAUACAAGAUUUUGAUCAAGUGACAGUUGAGGAAAAGCUAACCCCCAUGAGAGAGAGAAGUGAGAAAUAUGAUGAUUUUCGGAACAGCUUCACUGUAAGUUCUAACCUUAUUUCUCACCAGAGACUUCCUGUGGGAGACAGACCUCAUAAGUGUGAUGAAUGUAGCAAGAGCUUUAAUCGAACUUCAGACCUUAUCCAACAUCAGAGAAUCCACACUGGGGAAAAACCCUAUGAAUGUAGUGAAUGUGGGAAAGCCUUCAGCCAGAGCUCACAUCUAAUUCAGCAUCAGAGAAUCCACACUGGAGAGAAACCUUAUGAAUGUAAUGAUUGCGGGAAGACCUUCAGUUGUAGCUCUGCUCUCAUUCUGCAUCGAAGGAUCCAUACCGGGGAGAAACCUUAUGAAUGUAACGAGUGUGGGAAAACCUUUAGUUGGAGCUCCACCCUUACUCAUCAUCAGAGAAUCCACACUGGAGAGAAACCAUAUGCUUGUAACGAAUGUGGGAAGGCCUUCAGUAGGAGCUCCACCCUUAUUCAUCACCAGAGAAUCCACACUGGAGAGAAGCCCUAUGAAUGUAAUGAGUGUGGGAAGGCCUUCAGCCAGAGCUCACACCUCUAUCAGCACCAGAGAAUCCACACUGGAGAGAAGCCCUAUGAAUGUAUGGAAUGUGGAGGGAAGUUUACUUAUAGUUCAGGCCUUAUUCAGCAUCAAAGAAUCCACACAGGGGAGAAUCCCUAUGAAUGUAGUGAGUGUGGGAAAGCCUUUAGGUAUAGUUCAGCUCUUGUUCGCCAUCAGAGAAUUCACACUGGAGAGAAGCCUUUGAAUGUAACAGGGAUGAACAAAAGUUCUCUCAGAGUUACUGCUGAAUUAAAUAUUAGAGAGUCGACAUGAAAGAGAGCCGUACCCCCGUUUUUCUCACUUUUUCUGAGUCUAAAGAGCUCCUGCCUUACUAUAAAAGUAUGAACAACUUAGGAUACACCCCUUGUGAUGCGAACCUUUCACUUAAUGGGGCAAAUUAGGCAAAUCAUCCUGGCACAGUGAUUAGCAACCUAGUCUGUUUCCCCAGGAAUGAUAGACCAGCUUUGAAAGAUUAUGAGGCAAGCAGCAGAUUAAGUACUGGGAAUAGAGGGAAUCUCUGGGACCAAUCACCUUCUAUUUUGGAAGGCAGUUUGCACUAGACUGUUUCUCACACCAAGGGAGCCUUUCCAAGGUGGGGAUGGAAGCACAGUGGGAAUAAAAUUCUAAGGAUUCUUCUAGUUAGAGUCAGUAUAGUCAGCACAGAAGGCAAUGGAAUGUUCUGGGUCCUGUUAUUUCCUAAGAGUGGGAAAAGGCUAUAUUUGAAAGCCACUGUUUCUAAUCCACCUUUAAGUUUUGAUAGGGAAUGUAUUAUUUUACUUCAUGACUUCAUUAAUUAUGGAAAUUGGAUGCUGAGGGAUUUGUUAUUUUACUGAGGGAGGUUUUCUGUGGUAACUGUAUCCUCUGGGGCCCUUGGAGUAGCAAGACCAAGUUUCCAAGAGCAGACUGGCAGUUUUGUUGGAGAACCCCCCUCACUCCCUUUUGUGAUAAGACUAACUGGGAAAUCUAUCUAAUCAGUGUGUCUAACAUGAGGGAGUGGGGAAUGGAUCAAAAGCUUUUAUCAUUGGCCUCUUCAUUUCCUCUCACCACAUUCUGCCUCUCACUGCUCCUGUGAUAUGUGAUUUAAUCUAAACCCCUAGUUACUAAGGAUACUUUUAAGAAGCUCAUUCAGCCUGCUUGCCCUGCCCUCUGUCACCUGUGACCUGUGAUAUCUGGCCCUAGCAGCCAGACCUCGCCUGACCUCCCCUCUGACUUCAGUAGCAAAGUGUGAUGCAAAUAAAGAGCAAAUCCCAGGGAAGGAAGGCUUUGGCCUGAGCCUGAUGGCAGGGUUAGGAUGGAGCUCCUGAGUUUUCCCUGCUAAAGGGAUAACCUUUCAUUAUGUUUUCUCAAUUCUGCUCAUCUUGUAGCAUAAAUGAAGUGCACUAUUAAAGAGAAUAGUUUUUCAGAA